CUCGAAAAAUCAUGUAAACAAAUUCUUGUGACUUUUGAAAUUAAGAAAAGAAGUCGCAACAUCAAAGCUAGUUGUUGGUGCAUAUGUGUAGAUCAACAUGUCGACCAAGUUGGGCGUUCGGUUAACCUUUCAGGUGCAACCACAAUAUUCAUUGUCUUUGGAUCACUCUGCAGGAUGUUGGAUUGAGGAAUGGAGAUAUCUUUAGUUGUAACCGAUUGACAUCUCCGUAGUGCAGUCUCUUGGUUUAUUUCUGAACUUUUUCAUCAUUAGCUCGACAGUUCUUUUCAUUUGUAAAGGUUGAGUCUCGUUAUAAGUGUAUCAUUAGGUCGAUCAUUUUGUGAAUGAGAUCGACCAUUUUAUCCACCAUCGAUAUACCCCUUGGAUUUAUUUUUGUAUAAUAAGUUAAAUAAAACUUUGUUGAUGAUUCUUAGUUAAAAUUUUUUUUCAACGGAUGUAUUAACAUAGUAAGAAUCUGGGCUAAUUCAACUAGAAGUCUAGAACACCCCAACUUUAAAAAAUGUCACUUUUAUUAUAAGUGUGAUAUAAGUCUACUUUUUUGUGGUUUAGGUACUACUUAAGGUCGAACCUAGGAUUUUCAUAUCGAAAGCUAAUGGUAUUACCACUAGACCAAACCCUUGUUCGUUAAGUAUUCAAUAUUAUAAUUCCAGGUUAAACUAUUAUUUCCAUUAACUUUGACCGUUAAUAGUCAACGUAUUCACUGUUGAUGUGCCAACUGUUGUGUAAUUAAAUUUUUUUUAUAGGUGAUUAAGUAUUAGGAGUUAUGUUGAAUUUUGCUUACAUUACUCCUAGAAGUGGUGUGUGGGUGUCUUUCUGAAGUGGCUGUUGGUUAUCGGUAAUGAUAUUGAAAGAUGUUUUUCCUAGAGUUGUUGUUGCCUCCUCAAAUCCCAAAUAUUUGGGUCUCUAACCACUCAUUAAGAUUCAAAAUGCUUAUGUUUUCUAUAAUAUUUAAGGUCAAUAUAUAGUUCAUCCAAUGCGAAAAUGCCAAAAUAAGAAGUGAGGCUGAGAUUUCAAUUCAUAACCUUCUUAAGACAAGAUGUGAUAGUAUCCAACAACUUGCUAUCCUUAAAUCGAGCUUACCAAGUUUCAUGCCAUUUGCAUUAGUGUAUUUUAUGUGUAUUAUAAAUUCGGAGUAUAAAAAACAAAUUAUGAUCCAACAACUUGCUUUAACCACUCUAAUUUAAUCAAGAAUCACAAGUGUUGCAUAUUUGGUGUCAGUUUAUAAGUUAAGCUUCCAGGUUCGAGUUAUGCAGACAAUUGCAAAUAUUUCAUUUGUUCUUAGCUUUAAGUGUAUUUGGUAACAGAGAUAAUAAUAAUUUGAGAAAAAAGGAAGAUGUUGAAGAUAUAAAUUUCAAUGAUAUAGAGAAAGAUAAUGUUCAUGACUUGGAUAAGAUUAACUCUACUUAAUGAAAAUUAUAUUUUCAAUGUGAGUUUUUGACUUUCCAAUAGUUAGAUAAUUUGGACUCCUUUCCUAUACCAAAUAAAUUGCAAUUCAUUAAAUAUUGUUACUGUUGUUAUGCAAUAAUGAAAAGUAUCCGACCAACGGGUCGGACCCAAAUCUAGUUAGAAUAAUAAAUGUACGCUUAUGUUUCAAUUGUUUGACAACAUUUUCCAUCCCUUCAACUAGCUCCCAUUCUUCAUGAUCGUUUCAUGCUCAUUUUUCGUUAAUGUCAUCACUAUUAUAACACAUGAAUGCAAAACAAGCUUUCCAACACAACAAUCCUUUUGUCAACUAACAAUCCAAAUGGGUAAUUAUUUACCUAAAAUUUCGUUAUGGUAAGCAAAAACAAAUAAAACUCAAAAAACAUAAAACCCACACCAACAAUUUUGAUAAUACAAAAAAACAAAAACCCCAAAAAAUGUCCUACCGAACACAAACGAGAAAAACAACCGGCGCUUUCCCUUCACCCUAUAUUUUCCCGCCCACUGCCACCUUCACCGCAUUCCAAAUUCCUCCCACCGUGUGUCCGCCACCAACACCACCGCUCUGGCCACUGUAAUCACAAAUCUCUCUUACUCUUAUAUUUGCAGAUCAAUUAUUCUUCCUUCUCCUCCUCUGUUUAAAUUAAUUUCGAUCAUCAAUUGAUCAAUCCGUCGGCGGAGACAGAACGACGUCGUCAUCGUCGUUCUACCAACACAACGCUAACCGAAACAGAGGAUUUACAUGGCCGCCGGGACAACAACGACGACAUUCCGACUGAGCCAACUCCACGACAUAUUCGACCGAUUCGACAUGGACUCAGACGGCAGUCUCACUGUCUUAGAGCUCGCCGCCCUGCUCCGCUCCAUCGGCCUCAAGCCGGCCUCCGGCGACCAGAUCCACGUUCUCCUUGCCGACAUCGACGCCAACGGCAACGGCUCCAUCGAAUUCGAUGAAUUAGUCUCCGCGAUCUCCAACAACAUCGACGAGCAGACACCGGGGAACCAGGACCACAUCCUCGAGGUCUUCCGAUUGUUCGACCGCGAUGGCAACGGCGUCAUCACGUCGGCCGAGCUCGCUGGGGCCAUGGCCAAGAUGGGGCAGCCCUUGACGUACAAGGAGCUCACACAGAUGAUGAAGGAAGCCGAUACCGACGGCGACGGAGUUAUCAGCUUUACCGAAUUCUCCACCGUCAUGGCCAGGUCCACCAUGGAGUCUUUAGGGAUGGCUGCAGCUGAUCCUUGAUUGAUUGAUUGUUCUAUAGGAUUUAAUGUGAUCAGAUGUGUGCUUGAUUGAGAUAAAUGAAAAUUACAAAAGGAU